AGCGGGGCGGCGGCGGCGGCCGGAUUCUUCCUCCGCCGGGGGCGGGACCUCCGCGUUCCCGCGAGCAGGCCGCACCGACCCCUGGUCUCCUUCUGGGCCCCGCGCCAUUUCCGCUACUCUCGGCCAAGCGGGUCCCCCAGGGCUCGUCCCGCCCUGGGCAGCGCGGAGCUGACCCCCUGGCGGGAUGCGGCCGCCCCCGGGGACGUGCUGGCUGCUCCUCUGGCUGCCGCCGCUGGCCGUGCUGCAGACGGGCGCGGUGCGCGGCGAGGAGAACGAGGCGGCGUUGUCAGUUCCAAGAUGUAAAGCUUUGAAGGAAAUGGAUUUAAUUAAAACGUCUCAGUCAGACUGUUACUGCUACAAUCAAAAAUCCCAAGUGAAAUGGAAGUAUAUAUGGUCGACUGUGCAGGUGAAAAUUACCAGUUCAGGCCUGCUCAGUAUCGUAUAUAUCACAGAAAGAUAUAAUUGCCAGUAUCCAGAAACCAUUCUAUCUAUUAUCAAAUGUGUGAUUCAUAACUUUUGGACACCAAAGGAGUCUAAUGAUAUAACCAUAACCAUCAAUCCAUAUGGGGAGACUGUGUGCUUCUCUGUGAAGCCUGCCAGGAAGAUAUUUAUCUAUACAGUAAGCGUGAAUCGAAACAUUGUGGAUUUCAAACUCUUCCUUGUGUUUAUGGCGGGCAUUUUCCUCUUCUUUUAUGCAAAGACCUUGAGUCAGAGCCCUGUUUUCUUUUACUCUUCGGGGACUAUGCUAGGUAUUCUAAUGACAUUAGUCUUCGUCCUGUUGCUGGUGAAAAAGUUCAUUCCUAAGUAUAGCACCUUUUGGGCUCUAAUGGUUGGUUGUUGGUUUGCUUCAGUUUAUGUUGUGUGGCAACUGAUGGAAGAUCUGAAGUGGCUGUGGUGUGAAAACAGAAUAUAUAUAUUAGGCUACGUCUUGGUAGUUGGGUGUGUCAGCUUUACCGUUUGUUACAAGCAUGGGCCCCUCGUGGAGGAGAGGAGCAGGACCCUCCUGGCGUGGACGCUGCAGCUCCUCUCCCUGCUCCUGGUCUACGCUGGCGUGGCCAUUCCUCAGGUCGCCUGUGCGGUGAUGCUCCUCGUCCUGUCAUCCAAGGUCCUGCACUACCCACUGCGAGCACUCGCUUACGUGAGAUGGAAAAUGAAGAAAUGGUUUACAUCAGAAAAGCUGGUGGUCAAGUUUCUUACUGAAGACGAGUACAGGGAACAAGCCGAUGCUGCGACGACCCGCGCCCUGGAGGACCUGCGCCAGGCCUGCUGCAGCCCCGGCUUCCCGUCCUGGCUGGCCGUCUCCAGGCUCCGGGCGCCUAAAACGUUUGCAGACUUUGUUCUUGGAGGAAGCCACUUGUCGCCUGAAGAAAUUAGGCUGCAUGAAGAACAAUAUGGCCUUGCGGGUGCCUUCUUGGAAGAGCAGCUCUUUAACCUGAGGACUCCUGACAGUCUACCUGCACACUGACUUCAUUCUGGACAAGGAAGUGGGGAAGGACAGGGAUCCUAUUAAAGGUGGGCAGAACUGUGCCGGGGAACAGUGGCAAAAGCAUUCACGAUGGAGAAAAGUCACACUGGAAAGGAAAACUAAACUGUAUUGAAGAUAACUGAUCCUUCUUGGACAGUUCUGUGUAUUGUACUGUAGGUGGCCACCACGAUUCUGUGACAGUCAUUACCACUAUCCUUGAAUGAAGACUUUCAUUAGGAACAAAGGGAUCAUGUUGAUCUUCAAGGGGCCAAUUAAUGUGAAUAGGUGCCUUGUCAACUGCAGGGCAUUAAAUCCUCUCUUAAUCCCCAGAACCUGUGUCAAAAGACUCUGCAUUGCUCUUCCUGCGUGUUAUCAGUGUAAGUGCUGGAAGAGACCUGAGAUACACUGGACCAGUAUCUUCCAAAGUGUAGUCCACAGGAUGCUAACAAGUGUUAGUAGGUAAAGGAAUCCUGAGGUCAACUAAGAUGGAUGCAUGAUUAAACAAAUGUACUGCAGGACUUCUCAGAGCCUUUAAUAAUGCUAAUGCACAUUGUGAACCUCCUAAAGAGGAGAAAUUGUGUGCAGCAUUCUCCAACUUAAUUUGACAACAGAACCCUUUUUCAUGAGAUUAAUAUUCCUUGGAACACAUGUUUGGAAAACGCUGACGGUGGAGGAAUGGAGGUUUCAGAAGGUUAAAUAACUUGUCCAAGACCACAGGGCUUUUUAGAGGCAGCCCUGGGACUAGAACUCCAGCCCUACUGUUUCCAAUGACUCAGGUAGAAGAAGAGACUUUUAGAAAUGAGGCGCCAUCUCGCCACAGCCUUGGGUCUCACAGUAUUGGUGUGAGGGGCCAUUUCUCCACAGCCAUCUCUCCACAGCCUUGGGUCUCACAAUAUUCAUGACUUAGUUUUUAUUUUUUAAUAAUAGCCAACUAACUGUUUGAUAACUGUGAUAAAGAGAAACAUUUCCUAAGGUUAUAUUUUAAAGUUUUAAUAAGACUUUU